AUGGAUGAUAUGUAUUUAGAUGUCACGGCUGAAUACACCGAUGAUUAUAAAAUAACUCAAAUUGAAUAUCAUUCAUUUUUACCUUAUUCAACAUCUGCCCUCUCCAAUAACGAUGAAGUACGUAUUGCUUUACAUAACACAGAGUCUUAUACUUUACCAUUGAAAGUGAAUGAUAGAGAAAAAAUACGACUGUUGAAAGUAAUCAACAAUCAGAAACCUCUAACAUGUGCGUUUAGAUCGUGGGAACUGUGUGAAUAUCCGUUUUUACCUCAAAACACUUCGCAUUCGUGGAAAGUCUAUUUAAACUCUGAAGUAUUCCCAUAUGAAGAUUUUCAAAGCGACUUUACUAAGAACAAGAUGACUACAUUAUAUCACGCAUAUACCGAGUUCCAGAAAUCAUACUAUGGUUAUAACGAUGUGACACCUCUAUUGAACCGUUCGGAUUUCAAAAAUCUUUCUCCAAUUAUUGUUGUCGACAUGAGUCGGCAGAACGACAACGUGAAAAUGUCAACCGUAGACCUCAGGAUUGAACUUGAAGUUGAUGAAGCGCAGUGGCGCACACCUGCUGAACAAAAUGAUGACUGUACAAUGGGAGCUUCUGCAUCGACCAUAGUUACAUUAGAACAUGAUCCAGAUACAACAGCUGCUAUAGAAAAUAUAAAUAUUGAAUCAAAUGAUGAUAGUGUGUAUGCAGAUCUAUUCAAAAAUCCCACAGCAGAAAUUACAACUACUACAGAAAAUGUAAAUUUGACAUAUAAUUCCACCAAUUCUGUUGAUUUAAAUAUUGAUGUCUUCUCAAAUGAUCCAGCUGAAUUGACGUUGCUAGCUCCAUUUUCUUACGAAAAAAGAAAAUUAAUUCUAAAUAAUGGCCCUUGUCAACCUCAAAAAAUUGAUAUGCCAAAUAAAAGAUUUCCAGUACACAAUAGUAGAAGUUUUCAAUGUUCUUGGUAUAUGAAAACCAUGCCAGAUGGUUCAGCUACUAGAAGAGAAUGGAUUUCUUACUCUUGUAGUAAAGAUAAAAUAUUUUGUAUUUAUUGCAUAUUAAUUGGAAAUGAAAAAAGUACUGUAUGGACUAGCACAGGCUUCAGCAGUUGGAAUAAAGCAUCUGAGAGAAUAGUGAUGCACGAAACAUCAUCAAAUCAUAUUGAAGCUUGUCUUAAAAUUAAAUUAGAAGAUACAUGUUUGCCUCUUUUGCCUAGUAUGUUAAAAGCAAGAAAUGAGUUUGUUGCAACAAAUCGUAAGAUAGUUGAAGCUAUUAUUGAAAUAAUUUUAUACUUGGCUAGACAUUCCCUUGCUUUUCGAGGACACCGAGAAAGUUGGUCAGAAAAUUUAAGAGGAAAUUUUAGAGAUCUAGUUUGCUUACUGGGCAAAUACCAUCCUAUCUUAGCAUCUUACAUUGUUGGGCAUCAAGAAAAAAAUAAAAACAAGUAUGAUUUUAUUUCAUGGAGACGACAAAAUCAAAUGAUAGAAUCUUUAGCUAGUUAUACUCGUGUUGUGGUUUUAAAACAGAUAAAAACUGCCAAAUUUUUUAGUCUUACAAUGGAUAGUACCUUUGAUAACUCUAGAAAAGAACAGUUAUCAUUUGUUAUAAGAUAUUUAAAUGAAGAUAGUGGAGAAAUCAAUGAAAGGUUAAUUAACUUAAAAGAAUGCAUGGGACAGUCCUAUGAUGGGGCUAGUAAUAUGCGUGGUUCAUAUAAUGGUCUCCAAGCUAUAAUUAGGCGUUCUAAUACUGCUGCUAUUUUUGUAUGGUGUUAUGCACAUCGACUGAAUUUGGUCCUUACCGAUGCUGUUAGUUCCUCUGUGAAUGCUGUUGAUAUGUUUGGAAUUAUAGAAACCAUACAUGAUUUUAUUAAUUCAAGCAAGAAAAGGGUUGCAUUAUUUGAACUCCAUCAAGAAAAAUGUUAUGGUAAUAAACAACGUAAACGUCGAUUUAAAAGAGUUCAGACAACAAGGUGGUGGUCCCAUGAUUUGGCAUUAAACACUGUUUUGGAUACAUUUGAUGCAUUAUGUAACACAUUAGAAGAACUUCAAAAAAGUGAAUGUACAAGUGAUCGAAAAGGAGCCUACCAAUUAUUUGAAAUUGUGACACCUUUAAGUAAAAUGCUACAAACUAUAGACAUAGACCUAAUUGGAGUUAUAGCUGUAGUAGAUGAUAAAAUACGUGAACUAAAAAAAUGCCAGAAGUGA